GUCAAAACUCCAUGAUAAAUAAAUGAAAAAAAGGGUUUAGCAUAGGUUGUUAGUGAAAGUGUUAAAUCUCUUUCUUCUUCCCAUGUUUGGGUGAGUGAACGAACUCAACAAAAUGUUGCGAAGCAUAGAAACCACUCAUCACCUCACCGUCAGAACCACUUCACUCCUUCGUUCUUUCCUCUUCUCAUCUCCUUCACCAAACACUUCUUCUUAUUCUUCUUCUUUCACUUUCAAAACAUUCACCACUCUCUCUAAACCACAAUCACAAUCUCACUCUUUUCUUCUUCAACAACGAGAACACGCUUCUUCCUUCAUCACUCGUCGUUUUCAUUUCGCUUCUUCCGUUAAACGCCGCGUUUCAUCAUCGUCGUUUCCUGCACUUGAUUGGAACGACGCCGUUUCAUGCUCUGAGGUUGAUGUUGAUGCUGAUAAUGUUAAUCAUGAUGGAACAAUUGAUCAUGAUUCUAAACCUGCAAUUCCUGUUAGAGCUUUCUUCUUCUCCACCAGUGUUGAUUUAAAAAGCUUGGUGGAGCAGAACAAACCAAACUUUGUCACACCAUCAUCAAGGAUGACUAAUUAUGUAGUUCUCAAGUUUGGCAAUCUUGGCGAUUCCAAGGGUCCUGGUUCUUCUUUCUUGAAUGGAACAAAUGGCUGUUACAUGGUAGUUUUUCAGUAUGGCUCCAUUGUAUUGUUUAAUGUCCUUGAACAUGAGGUUGAUGGCUAUUUGAAAAUUGUUAGGAAGCAUGCAUCUGGUUUGCUUCCUGAAAUGAGAAAGGAUGAGUAUGAAGUAAAAGAAAAACCAGCUUUGAGUACAUGGAUGCAAGGAGGACUGGAUUACAUAAUGUUACAAUACUUGGAUGUUGAUGGAAUUCGAACUAUUGGUAGUGUACUAGGACAAAGUAUUGCUCUUGAUUACUAUGGCCGGCAGGUUGAUGGAAUGGUUGCAGAAUUUACAGACAUAAAUCGUGAGAUGGAAGCGACUGGAAAAUUUAAGAUGCAAAGGAAAAAACUUUUUCAGUUGGUGGGCAAGGCAAAUUCAAAUCUUGCUGAUGUGAUUCUAAAGCUCGGAUUAUUUGAGAGAUCAGAUAUCGCUUGGAAAGAUGCCAAAUAUGGUCAGAUAUGGGAGUAUCUCAGGGACGAAUUUGAGUUAACUCAGAGAUUUGCAAGUCUUGAUUUCAAGUUGAAAUUUGUGGAGCACAAUAUUCGAUUUCUACAAGAAAUUCUUCAAAACAGGAAAUCUGAUUUCCUUGAGUGGCUCAUUAUUGCAUUGAUUGGUGCUGAAAUUCUGCUGUCUCUAUAUGACAUUGUUCAAAGGUCUGCGAUGAAUCUUUAACAGCAUUGUUUCUAUUGGAACAUUGUUAUUUGGUAUGAAAACACAUGAUAUGUCAAUGAAUAAAUCAGCGGAGGAUAAGAGAUUAGCGAGCAAGUAUAACAAAACACGAGCAAAGUGAUGAAACGAUUAUGGUUAUAUUGAUGAAGCUUUGGUGCACAAAAUUUCAUCAUAUUUAUUUUCCCUUUAUGGUGGCAUGUAAGACCAGUUUUUAUUUUUUAUUUUUUAUUUUUUAAAGGUUGUAGCAUAAGAGAACUUGGUGCUACUCAUCAAGAUUUUGGUGGCUCAUGCUAAUACAUUCUAAUAUCUCAUGUAAAUAGCAAUUUGAAACAAGUUUUACUCGGUUCUUUAGUAGUUUAGUUUGUAUAAUUACUAUAUAUGCAAUAUAAAACUAUACUGGCCUUGUUGAAUAUAA